AUGCUUCGCUCUUCAACCACUUCUUCCUCACAUUCAGCUACGGCGGAAUGUGCAGCCUAUGCGCGCCGUUUCAUUCAAGGCGACUGGCUCCCCCUCUUCAACGAGGCUGUCGCUGCUGCUGUACCAGCAUCUCGACCGCACAAUUUAUCGUCCGCCUGGUCCACAUCUACGUUUGCUCGGUUGAACAGGGCCAAGCGGUUCGCGCAUUGCGGAGAUUGGUCGCGUUCCCUCCCUCAAACUGUCCGGCCGUUCUUCACCGCAUCUACUCUUGUCGCCCUUCAGAAGCCGCAAGGAGGCGUCCGCCCCAUUGCCAUCGGCGAGAUACUGCCGCGCUUGCUGUCUCGUUGCGUUAUUCUUCACUUCAAGCAGCAGAUUAGGGAUUUCUUCCUUCCCUCCCUGCAGUUUGGGGUCACUGUCUCUGCAGGGAUCGAGGUUAUGGCCCACACAGUCCAGUCAGCCCUCUCUCUCCACCCAGACUGGGUCGUGCUGGAACUGAAUGUGGCCAAUGCUUUCAACUUGUUCAGUCGUUCCGCUAUGUUCAAUGCUCUGCGAGACUCCCCGUUCUCCAGCCUCAUCCCUUUCUUCCGCCUCUUCUACGCCUCCCCCUCUCCACUCCAUUACCGCAGCGGCCCACUCAUCGAAAUGCUUCAGUCAUCAUCAGACCUCACACCUCCAUCAGACAUCGUCAUUGCCCUUAACGGUAUCACGGUUGCGGGAGUUCCGAUUGGUUCAGAUACCCACAUCAUCUCUACAGUACAGGACAAGCUGCACUCUUUCUCCUCAUCUCUGCCUCUUCUACAUGACCUUCAUGAUCCUCAGACUGCCUCUCGCAUCCUUUCUCUCUGCGUCUCCGCUCGUCCCUCAUUCCUCCUCCGUACUGUUGCACCCUUCCCUGAGAUAGAUGAGCUCUAUACUGACUGGGACAACAGCUUGCUCGACCAUUUUCGCCCCACACUGGUGCUCAUGAACAUCAUCCUGGUGGGGCUGCUGCUCUCCUUCGCCGCCCUGCUGCCCGCUGCCUGGCGCUACUUCCCGCCCACCUGUGGGCGACAGCAGCAGCAGUGGGACUGGGAGCGGCAGCACAGUGGAAGGUGGCAGCAGUGA